UUUAAAAUAUACGUACAAAUACAUACAACCAAAUGCGUGUCUCAGCGCAAUGCUGCUUUAAACGUAACUGCUUUAAAAACUACAAAUAAAACUACACGGACCACAAUCCAUUGAGGCUGACUACGAUUUUACAUCUGCGCAUGUCUGCGAUGAUUGUUGUCAGCGGUGGUUAUGGAGAUGAGAUGGGACUACGAGCUGUCAACGCAACUGUAACAUUCGUGUAUCCAUCACAGGGAUGCCCAGGAAGACAGGAUUCAUUGUGAUCAACUCUUCAAGUCAUGAGGACAACUUUAGUGCCAAGGAGCUCAUGGUCCAUGCACCCACCAUCAAUGGCUGGAGAUCCAGCAGACUGUGCUCCUACCCUCAGCAUAUCACCCUCCAGCUGGUGGAGAGAAGUAGGGUCAGAAAGCUGCAGCUGCUUGCUCACCAGUAUCUCAUCCCAGCCAAGGUUGAGUUUCAUAUUGGAGACACUCUUCCCGAAACCAGCCCUCCAGGAUUCCCUGGGCAGCUUCGGAGACUUGGGUAUGUGUCUUUGUCGGACAAUGAGAAGACAGGUUUCAAAGCUCGGGAGCUGAAGUCCGUCCAUGUAGAUGCCAUUGGAACUUACCUGAGAAUCACCUUCCAUAGAAACCAUGUCAACCGUUACAAUCACUAUGAUCAGGUUGCUUUGGUUGCCAUUAAUGUUCUGGGAGAUUCUUUGGAUGGCAAUGCCUUUAACACAAUACCAAGCAGAGAGCAGCUGAUCGAACACUACCUCAAUAGUACCCAGCUGGAAGUCGCCUUGGACACGACCUUCAUGGGUAAAUGUGAGUCCAUAUCCCCCUUGGAUGACCUGGCCUUUGAUAUGUACCAGGACCCGGAAGUUGCCCACAUCAUUCGCCUCCUGGACCAAAAGAAGCAGGACAUGGUCCGGCAGGAGAAAUUUGAGCAGGCUAAGAAUCUGAAGCAGGCCGUCGCUGACCUACAGAAGGUGGGCGAGCGUUUGGCUCGAUAUGAUGUGGAGAAGCGAUGUGCCAUCGAAAAGGAAGAUUAUGACCUGGCCAAGAAGAAGAAGGAGGUUAUGGAGGAGUAUAGGAGGAGUGUCUACCAGCAGCUGGAAGUCCACAACCUGCUGGACAUGACAACGAUCACAAGAGCCACAGACUCAUCCCUGGCUCAGCAUCCUUCCCCUCUUCUGCCUUCUCCAGGUCAUCCUUCAGUUCCCAUCAAGGCCCUUGUGUCUACAGACACAUUCAGGAAGGGGAAAAAAAGUGACACUCAUCAAAAUCUGCUGUCAACCACAGAAACAGUUGUGCCCAAACGUAGCAACCUACCUGACACACCUUGCACCACUGCUGUUGUACCCAAGAUUGAUGUUACCAGAUUGCCUUAUGAUGAGAGGCCGCUGCCAGCCCUUCAGAGGAAAGAUCAGCUAGUGGAGGCCAUCCAGAGCCCUGCAGAGGAGCACUCCCACAAAUGUGAUGUGCAGAGGUCUCCACACAGCCCUGAAAUGAGUGGUGAGCCAGAGCCCCUGACAGAGAAGGCCCAGAGAGAGGCUGGCCUUCCAAUAGAGGUCUAUGGAGAAAGCCUGGUGGCUGGGGCAUAUUCUAAAACCUGGUGCUACAGAGAGGAUGCUCUGCAGGCUGUGUGCAGGAAGCUUUCAGAGGUGUCACCCAACACCCCCAAGGAGGAGCUGAGAAACAUGAUAAGAGCUUCAGUCUUCUUAGUCAAGAAGGCCCUCCUGGAUAAAGUCACAUCUGUUUUCCACGCCUCACUGAAGCUGCUGCGGCUAAUGCUGAGCCAGUUGAUCCCGGGUCUGGGGCUGGGCCGGGCCGAAGUGACCCACUGCUUAGAGCAGACAUGUCCUAACCUGCUAGCCAGGACUGGAGACUCUGCCUGCCGCCUCCGAGCUACAGCAGCUUCCUUCAUACUGGAAAUUGCUGUUUUGAAGGAUGUGCAGGCCUUGCAGAUAAUCCCUGGUGAGCUGGUGAAGCCCUUCAAACCUAACUUUCCAUCUCGUUUGGCUCAGAGUCGGGCUGAGAUGCUGGAGAAACUACUGGCUGAACUGGGUACAGACAACUCUGGCUUCACCUUGGAAAAUGUUAUGAUGUUCUGUACAGCAGCAUUGGAGCACAGUGCAUCAAGGGUUCGAGAGCUAGCAGUGCGCAUCAUCUUAUCUAUGUACCAGCAGCACAGAAAUGCUGCUCUUAGCUACCUUCCACCCAACGAUGCUGCGGUACCAAAGAAAUUCCUCUACAAAACCCUCUUUGAUGGCUUUGCCAAGAUUGACGGAAAGCUUGUGGAGACCCAGACUUUGAAGAAGGGCGGUGGUCAGCAGGAUGGGCAAAAGGAGAAGGAGGAAAUCCACUCUCUUCAGGAGCAGCUGGCUGCCUUGAAAGAGAUCACAGAGAGAGGGAAUGAAAGCACCAAAGGACAAAUGGCAAAAAAAGAACUUCAUGAAGCUGAGAAGGAGUCCCAUAAAGCUGCCAAAGCAACUGUCACAAAAGGAUUAUCACAUCAGAGCAAGACAACAGAGAAUGUGGAUGUUCAACAAUCUAUCAAUUAUCUGGACAACUUGUGUAUAUUUUGUGGUAAAAAGGACGAGUCAUUCACAGAAGAUGGGUUGGACCUUCACUACUGGAAACACUGCCCGAUGCUACGGCGCUGUGAUGAAUGUAGACAGGUAGUUGAAAUAGCCAGCCUCACAGAGCACCUACUGGGUGAAUGUGAAAACAGGUCCAAUUUCAGUCAGUGCCCACACUGCUCAGAGGCUGUGGCCACCGAGGAUAUGACUUGCCACAUUCAGGGUCCCACCUGCAACUCCCCUAUCUCGGGAAAAGACUCCAACCACUGUCCUUUGUGUCACAACAACUUCAUGCCUGGAGAGGAGGCCUGGAAGGCUCACCUCAUGGGUAGGGAGGGCUGUAAACAAAACUCACGCAGGACUGCGGUGUCCCAGAGAACCCAGCCAGCACAAGGCAAGGCUGUCGGUGGAGCCAAGUUGAAGCAAUCCUGGUCAGUUGGGGCCCGAGCCAGACCCAUGGGCAGAGGCAGCCGGAUCCCAUCCCUGGCACCUUUGGCCAAACGAUAUACACUAGGGAAGCGUUGAAACAAGUUCCAUGCAACCCAGAGGAGGAAUCCAACAUCAACAAACAUCCCCACCUACUCCCCUAUUCCCUGGUUCUAUAUUCCUGCAUUUGGCACUUUUUGAAAACACACAAGAGGUUUCAGAUGUGGUCACUGACUUAUGCAAUAUAUUCAAAGCCAAUACAGUUUUUUUUUUUUAUUGAAGACAUCAAUAUAUUUAAUAGAUUUUAAGCCUACCAAGAAGGGAACAUGCCUGUUUUAUCGGGUAAUGUACAAACUAGCAUUACAACUCGGUGUUGUAUCCACUGAGAUACUUUACCUUUACCAUACUAACUGUAAAGUCUUGUGUGGUCCGUAACAGAAAAUUCACACAACAUGGAGAAAACUGGACACUGGCCUGUUUUGUCUACCCAUCACGCCUCUAGCAUCAAACACCUGCAGGGCUAGUAAACAUAAGUACACUGUGUUCUGUUUACUGGUAUCACCUUACAGGAUUGCUGAGUUUCGAGGCUCUUAUUUUCACAAAACUCACUGCCGUUUGGAGCCUCUGCGAAAGGGAAUUGUACAGCUUAAAGUCGUAGUCCAUCAAUUUUGUACUAUGCUUCUAUUAAGUUUGACAGACUCACAAGAGACCGAUUAACAAAAGAAUUGUUAAUUGUUAAAAAAUAAAGCAGUAGUGGCAGCUAUGUCCUGACUUUUAGGCCCCAUUGUAGGUAGAGUUUCAGAACUGCUUGAUGUUACGUCCCUCAGUGCAAUCAAUGGUGUCGUCUUAUCAGAUCCUAUCUGUCUGCUAAACACCAAAAGCUUGCAAACUCCACAACUUCAAAUUGCAUUGCAGGCCCUGCGAUAUAAAUGUGGCGUAUCCAAACCCAUGCUGAGACACCCUUGAUGACCUCACUCUGACAUCAUCAGGGCUAUUUCCUCACGCUCGAAAAGGCUCCAUUAUACAACUGUUUUCACAGGCUUGUGAAGUAGCCUUUCAGUAUAACGUCUGUGAAGUUUCUCUUUAUCAAUCGCCGAUAUAAAUGUAAGCUUUUUUUUUUUUUUUUUUUAGCUUUUCAGGGGCAAUUUUAUAUUUCUACAUAAAACUGAAACAUUCAUAGCAUCAGUUCACACACGAUAAAUCUGUUGAAGAGCUUCUGAUUGAUUACCAGUUUAGUCAGUCACUACAUCUUGUCAGGAAACAGUGACUGAUACAUUCAAACACUCCUCUUCUAAUUGAAGCAGUAAUGAGAGAGGUUGGGGUUGAGUUACAAGCAGAAGACACUCCAUCCCUUGGCAACACUCCAGCAGGUCAUUCUUCAAUCCUGAAGCCAUUGUCAACCUGAGAGUAGAUUUAUAUUCAGCUUUACAGUUACUAAUCUGUCUAUAUAUUUCUUUUCAUUUCUUGUCUUAAAGUUUGUAGAAGGAAUGAAGGAGCACUUGGCCACAGUGAUGAUGUUUCACUGCUGUAGUUUUAGAGCAGAAUGUACUUUAUUUAUUGCCCUGCUUAAUGCCUACUGACAAUCUGGAGUAGAAGUGAGAUACAAAGUAGACAUUUCAACUCAAUAGACCUAAUACAAUAGUAAUGAAGAAAUAAAUGGAGGUGAAUGUAUUACUUACAGCUGGAUUUGUAUAGCACCUGUUUUUCCUCAAGUUUUGAUUUCUGCUGAAAAUGACACGGGCUGAACCCAGCGAACAGUUUGAAGCACUUAAUUAGCUGGAAACUACACAAACUCACAGAUUCAGGAUCAGUUACAUUAAUUUGCCAUAUUCAUAGUUAUCGCUAUAAUUUUACUGCUGAUGUUGUGUUACACAGUGUUAUGACAAUGUUGAUUGUAAAAUAUCUGAAGACAGAGUGAAAAAACAAAUCUGUGAACAGACACAUCCUAAAAACAGUCCCAGGUGGUCUCAGAUUGUUCAGUACACUUUGACAAAUUGUAAUGACAACAAGAAUGUGUGUGACAACGCUGAUUGUUGUAUUGGUGGAGAAACAGCUCAACAUUUAUUAAAACAUAAGACUAUGUUUGGUUUCUAAAUUCAAUCAUAAUAUACAGGGUGUCCCUAAAGUCUGGACACAGGAAAUCUCAUUAACUCUCUGCCUCCACAGAUUAAAUAUGGCUAUUAUAUUAAAUAUAUAUUUUAUUAACUAUCAAAUAUGUAUUAAAUUCAAUAGUUUAAUAUAUAUAUAUAUAUAUAUAUAUAUAUA